AUGGAGCACCUCUGCGACCCGCUCGAAGACUUCGAAUACAACGUCUUCGGACAUGGUGAGAAUUCUUUGAUAGGCACUAAAAAAUACAGUUCCCUUUAUAAAUAGGCUAAAUUCAGAAAAUUCUCAACUUUUUUUAUUAUCCAAAUAGAGUAUGGCCUGAGCACGACAAAGAGUUGAGAAUCGAGACUUUCUGGGUUGGUAGGCCUAGGCGAGACUUUUUCCGAAUCAAAAAGUUUUUCCUGAGUGUACAAGCCCCCGUAAAAAAACUUCCAACAUUCCAAAUAAAAAAAUCGAAAGAAUAAAAAAAUUGAUUGAAAUGGAAGAAUAAUUGAACAGUUUAAUUCUGCAUCCACGUAAAAAAAAUGAAAACUUGCGUUCUUUUAACGAAAUUUAUCAAGUUAUAUUAGAAACGUACGCUGGAACAUGGUCAACGAUGUUUCAGACAAAUGUCCUGAAAAAUCCGACUUGCGAAGCUUUUCAGUUUGAUUUUUUUCACAUGAGUAACUUUUUAAAAAUGAACUCGAUGCUAGAAUCUCUCAAAAGUUCGCAAAAACAAGAAACUCGAAUACAAAAACUGGAAAUCGGUACUGAUUGAGACAUCCAGGGUCAGAAAAAUCCAGAUUUUCUGUUUCUCAAAAACAAAACGGCCUUGUAACGUUUUCAGACCGCAUGUGGAUCCGCAGCAUUGAACUCAUACUUCUGAUUUUGUUCUGGCUGUUUAUCUGGCGUCAACCAACAUCUCCAACGAGUCUCUGCAUGAGUACCGUCGCGUCUGGUCUCACUUUAUUAUUGCCUGUCCAAGCCAUCAAGACCUACUACACAUUCUGGCAUCCUAUUGACGCCAUACAAUCGUCUGUUUUUCCACUUCUAGAUCCUCUAGUCAUUUUUCGAAAUUCAGAACUUUGUUGUGUCACAUUCUUCGAAUCGAAUACACAUUGCACUACUUCUGCUCGACCGUCUUCCAGCAAUCCUUCGUUCUGUUCUACGCUUUGAUUGCCUGGAACCGCUCUGUGUAUUCCGAAGUGGGGAAAAAAGCGAGGUUUGUUCAUUCCAGGCGAUGAAAAUGAUGAGAACUACUUUUCCAGAAUCGCUUACGGCCUAGUCUUUAUCGAGUCCGCAAUCAUCAGUAUUCUCUACGUGAAUCUGAGAAGCCACGCAGUGUUCUUACUAAUUUUCCUACUCCAACAGCUCUUCUUCCUUGGUGCUCUCUCAGCGUUGAUUCUCUUGGUAUGGUAUAUUCUGCUCUGGCUUUCGAAAAGAAAAAAGACCAAAACUUUGCGUUUCGAGGCGUUCUUCAGCGCGUCACCUAUGCUCCUUUUAUUUUUCUUUCUUUUUGAUACUCUGAAGUAGAGUUUAGAUUCCUAGGACAAUGAGAAAGUUUCUUCGCAGCAAGAAUCCUCUGUUUCCCUUAAAAAAUUCAAGAAAGUUCCUAUGACUCAUAGGCUAUGAGUUCAGUUUCAUUCUGGUUAGAGUGAAAUUCUAACCAGGGAAAUGAGUCUAAAAGCAUAGAUCGCAUAUUAAAAGAUACACUGACACAAAAAAUGAAGUCUUUUUCCCAAGCUAGAGACAAAUAAACUUUGAAAAAAUGACUUCUGAUCUUCAACAGGUCGGCUGUCUAACGUGCACGAAAGCGCCUUCGACCAAGGAAAACAACCAGCACGGCUACAACUUUUUCUGGCUACAAAUCUACCUCAACUCGCCCUUUUGGCUCAACUUCUAUCAAAUCGGUGAGAAAGGCUUUAAAGGGACGAUGAAUCAUCCUUUUUUGAUUAAAAUCUGUUUCCAUGUCCAACCAAGCAUAAUGAAAUUGAAGGCAUAAUGACGUCACUGCUUUUCCCGCUACUCUCGCCGGCGCCGUCUUCUUUCGACUAUCCAUUGGACCUUUCUCUACGCGCUAUCGAAGCGAAUCUCGUGCACAAAUUCACCUUCACAACUAUCGUUACCAUCGGUCCAAUCUUCAUCCUACCGCCAUUCCGACGCGAAAUCCUCAAACUGUGCUGCUUUUCACGCAGGAACAGAAUCUCAACCCCCGCAGAAAGUCCGGCACCUACAUCCUUCUAA